AUCGCUAUAGGCGCCCCGUCACAUAAGACGCGAUGCGCGACGAUUUUUGGAACUCCCUCAGUUCAACCGUGAUACGAUCUACAUCCGGGCUGACACCGGCGAUGUCAAUCUGGUUAACACCAGUAACUGCCUGAUGCGGCAGAAUCCGCUACUCUUUCGCAUUUUGGGAUUGGCACUGAUCAGGGCUGAAUGUGGGUUUAUACUUUUUUGGGUUUGGUUUGGAGUGCGAGAUGACCAAGGUCAAAGGACUCCGGAAAGGAAGAGAAUUUGCGAUAAUAGUGGACCUCGUUCUUCAUCUGUUUUGCAGGGCCCGCUAGUAGCAUACAGGAAUACCAGCCUCUGUUGGAAUAGACAACGCCACCGGCACUGGGUCUCGAUCGGGCCCACAAGUGGGAAAUUCGCCAAAAACGGAGCACCUUAUCAUCGCACGUUGUGCGCUCGUAGCGAAGUCUUAAUUCGUUCGGUGCUUCUACUCUUGGUAUUUAAGCCUUGUCCACCGGUCCCGAAACUUCAUUGCCACUUUCCUACUCAACACUGGCGUGAUAUAAUUGUCUAGUAUAGAAUUCGCA